ACAUGGAAGAAUACGCCGCAUACAUCUUCUGCCCUCAGGGCACACAGAAGAUGCAGCAAAAUGCAGUGACGAAGAGCAGCCGGGCAAAGGUGCUGGUGAAAUUUCUUUGCCUCGGCUGCCCGUCACUUCAACUGUGGGACUGGAGGUUCCUAUUCAACGUGCCGCUGCUCAAGUUCUACCCCACACUCCUGAGGAAUGUUGGCCUGGCCCCAACGACAGUGGCACUGUAUUUGGGCCAGGCCAUCUCCUUUGUUGAGUAUUUCCGUGAUACCCCUCCAAAACACUCGAGGUUGAAAGCCGGUGAGAAGACUCUGCUGGUCAGGGAACUCCGCAAGCUUUAUAGGGAUGUGGGGCGAAACGUACUUGGACACCAGCUGCUGGUCAAGCAGACCAAACAGCAGCGGCUGGUGUCCAAGGAAGACCUCACGUCCUGCCAGUCCCUGGCCAAGAUGAGGAUGACCGAACUCCUCGAGGACAUUGCAAAUGCGCCACCCCGGGACCCCAAGACGAGGUACCGCUUCUUUGGGUACCUGGCGGCCUACCUGUCGUCCAUAUAUGGACACCGGUCAGGUGUUCUGACCAAGAUGAGGGCGAAGGAGGUCAGGGAGGCCGUCGGGGACCCAAAAGCAGGGUACCUCAUUAAUGUCUUGGACCACAAGACUGUCAGGAAGUUCGGGGUGGCGCAGAUUUAUCUGGAGCCUGAGGAGCACUCUUGGUGCGUGGAGUGGCUCCGUCUCCAUAAGAGGGCAGUACCGACAAAUGACUACUUCUUCUCAUCUCUUGGCCGGGGGGAGGCAAAAGAUUUGGUGAAGUACUUCAGGGCGGCAUGGGCCGAGAUGGGCCUCCAGGGAGCGCCCUCCUUAAUGGACAUCAGGUCGGCGGUGUCCACCUAUAAUUUUGAAUCCAAUGAUGCUGAGGUGCGGGACCAAGUGGCCACAUUCAUGUGCCACAGCGUGAAGACACAGGAAAGAUUUUAUGCACUGCAUAAUACACUUAAGCGGGCGAAGCAGAUGAGAGAGCUGUUCGUCAGUCUCUCACUGAGACGAGUCGAACCUGCUCUCUCAUCUGCUUCCGCCGACCCCUCCAAACCAGCGGAGGAGUCCGAGGGCCAAACAAGAGUGACACCACGGAAGAAACAAUCCACCUCUCCAGCUGCUGGCAAGGAAAAUUAAGGGGAAGCUGGGGAUCAGCCCACGGAAAAAGUAUCCUCUGAGGAAAUAGAGGGCGAACAUGUUAAAAGUUUGAACUGUAUUUUAAGUUGUAUGU